AUGGCGCUCCCGGUUUCUACCACCCUCGAAGGGACGCUCGAAGGCGUUCAAGAGAAGUUAUGGUGCGCUUUGCCGUGCAUUGUCAAGCUGAAGUCGGAGAUUAUGGCGGCAGCAGCGGAUGCCGCGGAUACAGCCGGCGAUGCCACGCCCGAGACAGUCGUGGAAAAGGACCUCACUACAUCUGCCAUAAGAACAGCCUCCGUCCCGUUUUCGGACAUGCGGCAGCUUGUGGAGUGUCUCUUUACGGCUUGCCACCGAAAUCCCAUCAUGGAGGAUGUUGAGAAGGGCGUCAAGGCUAUUUUGGGCAGUGUGGAGGCGGAGGAGGGGACACAGUACACUUGGGAUGACUUUCUUCGGGUCUUGGUGGAGGUGGAGUCCCGCUGGUUGGAGUGGCAUGACCCCGAGAAGAAGUGGUUGGCUGUGAGCGAAAAACAACAUAUAAGUGUUUUGAAGGAGUUGGCGGACUGCGUCACACACGACGUGGAGCCAUUUGCGCUGCUGCCACACCAAGAGGUUUUGACAGCACAGUCGGUCGUGGCGCACUCCAAAACACUUGUCACGCCAUUUGAGGCAUUUGUAGAGUUUGUGAAACCCCCUGAGUUUUCAGAGAUUUACAACACCUUGUGGGAGUUGCUUACGCAGCCUUCUGAGGAACCGGGGGACCGUGAAAUCCUUCCAAUUGAACAAUUCACGGAGUUUUUUAAAUGGUUCUACAUGCGGAUUUUUACCAAUGCCACGGAGGGCUCUGCCACCGUGGCUGCCCGCACAAUGUGGAUUGAGAAUUUAAACGCACAGGGCGUGAUGAAGAAGCGACAGUUCGUAAAGACGUGUCAGCGCAUGUGCCGUAUGUAUGCUUCUGAAACUGAUACCGCGUCUUGCCUAGAGAACUUUUUUUGCACAAGCGUGGAAGCACUGCAGCAACCCGAAAGCGUUCUUGGGAUGAAGCUGUUUCAGCAUCGGGAGCCUUCCGCUGCGUUUGGUCGUAUACUUGUGGACCCAAUGGAUUUAUAUAUCGCUGAAGAGUUGGACGAGGUCAAGCAGGAAAUGGAAUUGUAUGAUACAGACGUUGCUGCUAAUCGUAUUAUUGUAUGCGGCAGGCGAGGUGUAGGAAAAACAACGGUGGCAAAGGCGUUGGCAAUGCGUUUAAAUUGUAUACAUCUAAGUCUUGAGGAGCUCGCUCUGGAGGCGGUUACAAAGGCAGAUGCGGGGGAUGCACUUGGUGCUGAACUUUGCAAAUGUGUGGAUAGUGAAGCCCUCAUUCCACUUUCAUUGCUGAUGGCGUUAGUGCGUCGGAAAAUCUCGACCGACGAGGCGCUGUACCGUGGAUAUGUAUUUAGCGAUUUUCCCUCCGUUCACGACGCUGCAGACGCGGAUGUACUGGAGUUUUUAAAUGGAUGUGGCAUUUUAGACGUGCUCGUGCCGAGUGUUAUCCUGCAUCUGAGCUGCGAUGACGGCUUUUAUCCCGAUCGCCUUGACGCCACAUUGAAGGAGCGGCGUGCAUUGCACGACUCUGAGCGGCAGCUUUGCCAGGCUGCAGAGGAGGAGUGGGGCGAGAAAGAUUCUCGUCUCCAGGAGUUGAUGGAUAGGGUGGAGAAGCUGCGCGAGACUAUAAAGCGAUACGAGGAGAUGUCUGCUGCCGAUGCCGAUGCACUGGACCCGACGGAGUUGGAGGUAAUGAAGUCUGCAGCGGCAGAGGCUGAGAAGGAACUACCCGAGGCAAUCGCCGCACAGGAGGAGGAAGCAGAGAAGCCCGUUGAAGUAUCCCCCGAGUCUGCUGAACGUGAGAAACAAAUUAAAAGUCUGAUAUUAAGGCGACUUCUUGAGUGGUCACUAAGAGGAGACAAACCAGGCAAGGAGAUGUACGUAACGGAACUUCCAUGUUUUCAAGAGAUUGUGGAACGCCUCCAUUCCGUGGGCCGCUGUUUAUCGGUGGGUUGCACCUCGUUAGUUGAGGACACCGUUGCUUAUGCUGUGGAGACGCUGCGGCUUGAGCCAUGUGUGCUGCCACGGGAUCUCACCGCAGAACGGGCAUCACCACCCCAGCAACACAAAGGAGAGGAGGAUGCCACUCUCAUCCUUGAAAGGGAGGAGGAGAUGGCGCGUGUGGUGGAAGAAGCCGCCACAGGCAUGGGGGCUACCUUUUCCACGCGCUGGAAGCGCUUCUGUCCGGUAACAUUUACGGAGUGUGGGGUUUUGGUAGAGGGAGCGGGGAACUACGGCUGUGUGUUCCGACAGCGACUGUACCACUUGGCAUCGGAGGCGAAGCUCGCCAAAUUUACAGCGAACCCACUGCCUUAUCUCCGCCCGAUGCCGCUGAACAGGGAACCAAUACUGCUUCUCUCCAUUCUGGGUCAGCGAGGUGCCGCGCGGUGUCUUCCGCCCCCCGCUCAGACGGAACUUAUUUGGCUUCUUCACCAACAACUGGAGCUCACACCAAUCGAGUUCAACGAGUUUGUUGCCCUUUGGGACAAGCAUCGAAGACUGAAGGAGUUGCGUGAACAAGCACUCGCCGCACGGGUGAAGUUUGAACUUACGGAACGAAAACUGCGUGCGGAGCGGUUGAAAAAACGCAGGGCCGCCCAACUAAGAAAGGAAAAAAAACCUAAGCCGCCUCCAACGGGCAAAAAUAGACGCUCGAGAAAAUUGACCGUCUCUCAACCGGAGGAGGAGGAGUUUAAGGGUUGGGAACAGAAGCCCGAGGGGCCGGAGACGGCCACGUCGCGUAUUGAGAAGGCGAUUGCUGAACAAUUAAAUCGCCGAAAGUCAUUUGUUCCGGUUUUAGUGUAUGGCUUUGAAAACAUCUUUGUAGACGUCGUGGAUCAAUUGCUAAGUGAGGGUGUGAUGCCAGAACAGGUUAUCGUCUUGCAGUACGAGCGGUCCUCUGGAGAGGGAGCGAAGGAUGCAGCCUCAUCUGUAGAGGAGGAGGCUAGUAUGGAAGAUGCAUCUAAGGAGGAAGUGAAAUUGCCGCAGGAGAUUCUUCUUGAAAAGCUAGAGAAUCCCACGAGACCUGGGACAGGUGAGAGGGAGGAGUCACCUGCUCAACGGUUUACCAUUCAUCACGUGAACGUUAACGACAAGGACGCACGGAUUUUGACUGCGGAGAUUCUCCAACUUGUAUGCUCUGGAAUGGCACCAGUCGAGGCGGGUAUCGUUGAUGAUGCACUUGGGGAGAUGGAAGGUGAAGAGGCCGAGAUGGAGUUGGAUGAAGAAGACGAGAAUGAUGAGGGUCUUGCAGCUGAGGUGGUUAAUGCCGCUUUACGACCGGGUAAGAGGUUUCUGAAUCAAUUUGGUUCACGUCUACAGUACUGUCCAGUGACACUGCACGAAAAGCGGUUACUGUUAUGUGGCAAAAACGAGUUGUGUUCACUGUACCAAAAUAAAUUGUAUGUGUUCGCAUCCGAGGAAGCCAUGGCGAAGUUUGAAUGUAACCCGUUACGGUACCUUGAGAUGCCCCCAACAAGCCCACCGCCCCGUGUUUGGAUUGUGGGAUACACAAAAAGUGGGAGAAAGACACUUGGUCGGAAGCUCCAUGAGCAGUACAAUGUACCUUUUUUUACCUACGACCGACGUUUUUUUGAGCGCUGCAUUGAGGCCGCACGUAAGCCUGGUGGUGAGGUCAUCGAUGGAAUCCCCAUAGCUGAGCAGGGCAGUGAGAACUCGUACCUUGUCCUUGCCGAGACUAUUCUGAAGGAGGUGCGGGACUUUGCUGCUGAACAGGAGCGAAGCAUAAAAUUGCGUGAAGAGGCAGAGGCAGUGAUGGAGCGCCGUGAGCAGGCUCAACAAAAUGAAGAUGACGAAGAUGAUGAUGAAGAAAAUGAGGAGAUGGACGAGGAGGCAGAGGCGCGGUUGCAAGAAUAUCUCGAAUUUGAACCUGAGGCGGACGAGGAUCGAGAUCUACGACUCAGUGAGGCCUACUUGAAGAUUGCUAGCUGUGUGACACGUAUUGAGCCCUUCGAGUCUGAGGGUUACAUUAUGGUGUGCCCACCAUUUUCGGAGGGUGACAUUGAGGUGCUCUUCACCACCGGAUGUAUUCCGGAGUCAACGGUGAAGUUGGAUCUCUCUGAGGAGCUCUUCUUUGCAUAUAACAAAGCCAGUCAGCAUGUUUCAGGCGCUGCGACCGGCAGGUCUGUUGUCUCGAAAGUGUCACAAGAGGAGAUGCUUAAAAAAAUGUUAGAGAAGGAGAAGCAGAAGAAGGAGCGAGAAUUGCGGAAGUGGCGCCGUCGUCACAUUGGCAAGGAUGACCCUGACUCUGAAGUGGACGAGGAGAGUGAGGAGGGCUCGCCACUGAGGGAAAGGGACGGAAAUGAGGCAUCAGGUGCUGCAGAUGAUGAUGAUGCCGUCAUGGAGUCGCUCAAAUCCCUUCGAAGUAUAGAAAAAGGGGCUUUGGAGGAGUUUGAGGAGGCUAUUACAGAACGCUUCGUGAAGCUUGUCUCGCUUAGUGGUGACCUCUCUCCAAACGCCGUGUUUCAUGCUGUCACCCGACAGCUAUUUAGAUUUCUGGAGCAUCGCCGUUCUAUUUUAUACACCGCAGAAGUUCUUCGCUUUGACAAUGCCGUGAAAAUGCUCGAGUAUGGCGGGGCAUUUCUUUCUUAUUUUGGGUACACUGACCCGGUUGCUCUGUACAACAAAAGACAUGGGGUGAGACGUGUAUGUAAGUGGAUGCCAAAUGGCACAACUUUGGAGCCGGAGCCAUCCACUGAAGUAGAAGCAGAAACAGCAGCAGCAAUGCCCGCGAAUGAGGUUGACGGUGAUGCAGCAAACGGGCGUGAAGAGCCAAAUAGUGAUACAGAGGGGGAAGAAGCUGGCGUUCAAGAGGAACAAGCACCGUUGCAGAGAGAAUCCGCGUCGGGAGAGGAUAUGGACGACGAGGAGAUGAGUGAGUAUGACGACGAGGAGAUGGAAGAGAUACGCGAAAGGUAUGAACGAAGAAAACGGCGGGAUUGGCUGCGUCGGUGUCAACGAGUGGCCCUCUUUUGUGGUCGUCUGUACUUUUUUGACAGUGACGAGUCUCUUCUGCAAUACCUGCGUGAUCCAUUGUUGUAUGUGCAGCAACCACCGCCAUUGCCUCAACCCCUGACUCGACCUGUUGUUUCCGUGUAUGAUGGUACACACGCAUUACUUCAUCAGGGGGCUUUGAAGCAACGAUGCACGGCCAAUCACAUUGCCUUCAACCUUGAUUUUAUAUUUGUUUCGCUUUCAAAACUUCUUUCUUGGGCGGCAGUUCACGCUCCUCUGCUUUCCCUUUCGCGGCGUGCUAUUGCUGCUGUAAUCGCUGGCUCUGUAGAUGAUGCGUUGGUUGCAGACCUGUUGGUGCAUCGUCUCAACGCUGGGGAUGCUAAGCGGAGAGGUGUGGUGCUGCUUAACUUGCCAAAAACCCCCGAGCAGUACAAACUUUUGGGAGGGCGGGAAUUGCGGGUGGACAAGGUUUUUAGUUUUGAUGAAACACGAUAUACGGAUGUGACAGCCUUGAUAACUGCCACAGCCACGGUCACAACCUCUUUAUCAGUGCCUUCGGAUACCAUCGCUGCCAUUGCGGAGAUAACAGAGUAUGUUAACACGUUUAUUAGGAAUGAGGGCCGUGCCUUGCUUUGUUUUAGCAGAGGGUUCCCAAUGAGUAUGGAUAACACGUAUCAUACAACAGCAGAGAUUGAGAGCCAUCUCUCGUCGUAUCAAUGGUUCUGUCCCUACAACUGGUGUUUACAUAAACUUUUGUUGGACCAGCGCGAGAGCCGUCUAUACGGCGCUAAAUUUCUUGAUAAGUACUAUUUUUUCUCUUCGAACGAAUACUUACAACGGUUUCUGCUCAAUCCAGGAGAACUGUCUGCGCCACCGGGGUUAAGCCCUUUGCCGACUGCCCUUCCGUCUCGAAUGCCGCCCGGCACAGAGUAUUCGUUGGAAUUGCUCGGGUGUUGUCCUGUUACGUUGUGGGACACGCGUGAAACGAGGGGUCUGCGCGGGGUACUGGAACCCGUUGCAAAAAAAGGGGACCCAAGUUGUGUUGUAGAGUACGAGGGUCGGUAUUACGCACUGCUCGAUGAGGCUGCGUUAAAGCGUUUCUUGAUGCGUCCGUGGACGUUUAUUGCAGGGGCGUUUUUGCCCCCGUCUCGCAAGGCACCUCUGCCUGAGGGACAUACUCUGUUAACCAUUGAGGAGGAAACCUUUAUGCGUCGUAUUCUCUAUGAUCCUGUCGCUUAUGCCUUAAUCGCUGUGGCGGAAGCACGACCGAAGUACCCUGGCCUCUCACUGGAGGAAUCCGCCUUGAAAUUUGUGGCGCUGCACAUGAAGUGUUUUAAUACCAAGAACACCCCCAUCCAGACGGAGAAAUACAGGGCCAACUAUGAAGCAUUUCGGAAACGGGCGACGUUGUACAGAUCCAUGACGGUGGCUUCCGAGGACGAGGUACAAGACGAGGCGUUCUUGCAACUCUGUAAGGAGUGGGAGAUAGCUAGCGGGAACAAGCAAGGAGGUGUGUCUGGUCUGGUACAUCUGCCACGGAUAGAUUGA